UCGGCCGUCCAGUCGGCGUCGUUACUCACUAGUUGCGGCUAAUAUUGUUGAGACGUGUAGUUCAGUGAAAAAUCUAACGAUUGAUCGACAAAUACUACAUACUGUUUAAAUAUAAAUCCAAUGUUUAUGUUCAAGCUGAUUGGCUGAAAAAAUCGUGGAAUGGAGUGGUCAAAAGACAAAACUUUGAAAUUGAUCGAACUGCUUCAGUUGAAUGCUAAUAUAUGGAAUCCAUCACUUUGUGAUACACGUAGAGAUAAACAAAAACGGAAAGAGGAAUUAAGAGGAAUUGCUGAUGUUCUUGGGAUUUCGGUUUCUGACGCCACAAAAAAGAUACAACAUCUCCGAACUCAGUAUAACAGAGAGUCUGCGCGGGAAGCUCGAGCUAACUCGGAGGGGCCUAAUGAAAGAUAUGUGAGCAACUGGUACGCAUAUGAAUAUUUGCAUUUUAUGAAGGAUUCUAACAAACCAUACAGAGUUUUGCAAUCGGAAGAUAAUGCUGAAAUUCACAGCACUCUACAAUCACACUCGGAAAGCUCUGUGGCAGACUGCAAGCUUGAUAAUAUUUCUCCGCCACCUAAAAUUGCUAGAACAGAAUUGUUACAUUCCUUCAAAUCAGACAUAGUGUACCCUUCCUCUAACAGGGAUGAGUUCACAGUAUUUGGUGAAUACAUAGCAAAUGAACUGAGAUCACUGAAAGGAGAAAAGAAUUUAUUACUCGCUAAAAAGAAAAUUCAGGAUGUUAUAUUUGAAGUUAAAAUGAGUAUGAUAAAUGACCCUCGCUCUGAUCAGAAUCCUUGUGCCGUAUAUGCACCAUCAACACAACCUCAUGCAUCAAGUAUUCACAACGGUAAACUAUACACUACACCCAUAAUGAGCACAAUAGCCAGCAUAGAGCCCAUGUCGUCUUCACACACCCCCCCGACAUCUGGCAUCAGUGAGAUUAUAAUCAACGGAGCCUGUCAUUACUCGACAUUCAAAGUGGACGAACAAUAGCAAUGUCAGCCACUUCCGAAUGUGGAAGUGGGUAAAAGUGAGAAUUAUACUAUCGGAAACUAAUUGUUAAUCGAAAUACUCAUAAGCAAGUAAAGGACUGUAUAGUGUUAGUAUAUAAUAAAAUCUAGUCAUUAAAUUUAAUGAAUUGUAUCAAUAAAUCUUAAUAUUUAUUAAAUAUGAUAGGUUUAUUUUAUUCUAAGCUUGUCAAACAAGCUACGAGUACUUAGGUUAUUGUCUCUAACCAAUGGUUAACAUGACAUACCGUCUUAACGGAGAGCAAGUAAUAUUCGGUUUGUUUUAUAAGUAAACAGUCAAGUUAUCUAGUAUAUUAUAAGAGUAUAUGUUAUACAUACAUUUUGUGAUAAUUAUAGCAUUUAAAAUAAA